AAUUCAAGAAGCAGCAUUAAAACCUGAAUAUUUUAUAUCAAAUAAAGCUAAUUUAUAUAGAGCUCAUUUGGUUAAAUAUGAGAAUUUUAAAACAACAUUUACUGAAAAUGAAGUUGCUGAAAUAUUGCGCCAAAAAAAUUCAAGCACUAAUUCUAACAAUAAAAAGUUUCAUUGUCUAAUAUCAAGCAAAGAUAUACCUUAUUUAGAAAAUUUAGUACUUAGAAUAUGUAUUUCUAAUGGACUUCCAUUUUCUUUUAUUGAAAAUGAAGAAACCAAAACACUAUUUGACUUUAUUAUGCCUGGUCUCAAACUGCCAGAUCAUAAAAAGUUAGGUAGACAAAUUUUGAAUGAAGCAUCAAAAAAUCUGCAGGAUGAAAUUUUAAAAAUCAUGCAAAAUGAUAUAAAUAGUAUUACUACAGUAUUUGAUGGUUGGAUUAAUAUGAAAUAUGAACAUAUCUGA